UCGCUUCCGCGGCGCAGCCGGUGCGCGAGGUCCUGUGGGGUUGCCGUUCCCAGUGCGGUGGUCUUCGGAUUUAGGACCAGAGCUAGGGUAAGAUCCUGGCCGGAGGUGAUGGGCUCAGUGGCCCGCGAGAUGGAAGGGACAGAGGGCAAUCCCAGCCAGCCUGGCCCUGCUGAGCGGUCCCACCGGAGCAGCGUGUCCUCCGUGGGAGCCCGAGCCGCUGAUGUGCUGGUGUACCUGGCUGACGACACAGUGGUGCCCCUGGCUGUGGAGAACCUGCCCUCGCUCAGCGCCCAUGAACUGCACCGGGCAGUCCGGGAUGUGCUGCAGCUCCCUGACACCGCCUUGGAUGUCUUUGCACUCUGGCUUGUCUCCCCGCUGCUAGAGGUGCAGCUAAAGCCCAAACACCAGCCCUACAAGCUGGGUCGCCAGUGGCCGGAGCUGCUGCUGCGCUUCACUGACGCCCCUGAUGAUGACGUGGCCAUGGAUGAGCCUUCCCUGCAGUUUCGGAGGAAUGUGUUCUUCCCAAAGUGGCGGGAGCUCCAGAUCCGUGAUGAGGAGGUCCUGCGGCUGCUCUAUGAGGAGGCCAAGGGUAACGUGCUGGCUGCUCGCUACCCAUGUGAUGUGGAGGACUGUGAGGCCCUGGGCGCCCUGGUGUGCCGUGUGCAGCUUGGGCCCUACCAGCCCGGCCAGCCUGCAGCCUGCACCCUAAGGGAGAAGUUGGACUCCUUCCUCCCUGCCCACCUCUGCAAGCGGAGCCAUGGCCUCUUUGCUGCCCUCCGGGGCCGAGGAGCCAGAGUGGGGACAGGUGAACAGGGCCUGCUGAAUGCCUACCGCCAGGUGAAGGAAACAGUCAGCAACAGCGGUGCCCAGGAAGCCUCCCUGGGCUCCCACUAUCGUGCCUACCUCCUCAAGUGCCACGAGCUUCCCUUCUAUGGGUGUGCCUUCUUCCAUGGUGAGGUUGACAAGCCAGCCCAGGGCAUUUUGCACCGUGGUGGACGAAAGCCAGUGGUCGUGGCCAUCAGUCUGGAAGGCGUGUAUGUCAUCGACAGUAGAGAGAAGCAUGUUCUGCUGGGUCUGCGCUUCCAGGAGCUGUCUUGGGACCACACCUCCCCAGAAGAGGAAGAGCCUGUCCUGUGGCUGGAGUUCGAUGGGGACACAGAAGGCCUUCCUGUCAAUAAACUGCUCAGGAUCUACUCUAAGCAGGCCGAGCUGAUGAGUGGCCUCAUUGAGUACUGCAUUGAACUAAACCAAGCUGUGGAACCCACUGCCCCCCAGGAGAGUUUACCCAGCCCCCACUCAGCCCCUGAAUCCUUGCCACCUCCCACUCAGCGCCCCAAGCUUCGGAGGCAGAGUAGCGUGGUGUGCAGCCGGAUCCAGCACCUCUCUACCAUCGACUACGUGGAAGACGGCAAGGGGAUCAAGCGGGUGAAGCCCAAGCGCUCUACGUCCUUCUUCAGCCGGCAGCUAUCAGCGGGCCAGCGGGGCUACACAGUGGUGCAGCCCGCCGACAGCCUGGAGCAGGGCUGAGGAUGGCCACGCCGGGCAGGAAAAGAGCAGUGGUGACCCAGCCUCUGGACCUGCCACAGCACUGUGCCCCAUGGGCACCAGGCAUGGAAUCUAUGGCCUAUGCAGCAGGCGAGCAGCCUUGCUUCCUAAGGCUCUGAGUAAUUUACACCAGGAA